UGCCACUGCAGCUCAGCAGAGGGUGUCAGAUCUAGAGAGCACCAGGCUGGAACGAACAGAGCAUCUUAGCAACCCUGUUUGUAAUUCAAAAACACAAAAAGACAGCAAGAGAAACAGAUAAAGGAACGGAAAGCUGCAAGGAUUGCGGAUUUUUUGCAAUGUAUUGUGAUCAGCAGUAAAUCUUUAGUCUGGGGCGUGAUUUCAGCACCAAGGGGAAAGAACAGCACCUACCGAAAGCACCGCACAGAGAGAAAAACAUGAUUUUUAAAUUUUGCAAGGUCAGUCAAUAUCCAACCAAACAAAAUGUGCUUGAAGACGUUGUAUUUUUCUGUUUUGUCUACUACGUUGCUAAGUUAUGUUGUUAAAACAAAGAUGUUUGCUUAGGGCAACGUCUUUUGUGGUAUUGUCAACAACUGCCCAUACUACAUGUCUGAACAUAGACAUGCAUGGAUAUAAUAAGUGAUUAAUCUGGGAUCUUUUAGGUGGGUAUCAUUUAAAUAUCACUGAGCAGGCAGUGCUAUUGUAAAUUUCAUUCAUGUCUUCAAUUUGGGAAUGAAUUGUUCUUUUUGAAAAUGCUGCCUUGGAUUUUGUUGUUGAAGGCGACUCUUUGUGUUGCUAUUGGAAAUGUUACAAGGGACGUUUGUAAAGAGGGGAUCUGUUCAUGCGAUGAGAUAGAAGGCGAUUUGCACAUUGACUGCGAAAAAAGGGGUUUUUCUAAUCUGCAGCAUUUAACUGGCCCAAGUUCACAGUUCUAUCAUUUAUUGUUACACGGAAAUUCCCUGACUAGGUUGUUCCCCAAUGAGUUUGCUAACUUUUACAAUGCUGUCAGUUUACAUCUGGAAAACAACGGUUUACACGAAAUUGUUCCAGGUGCUUUUCUUGGACUGCAGUUAGUUAAACGAUUGCAUAUAAAUAACAAUAAGAUCAGAUCCUUCAGGAGGAGCACGUUUUUGGGCUUGGAUGACCUGGAAUACCUACAAGGUGAUUUUAAUUUGUUAAGGGAUAUUGACCCAGCAGUAUUUAGGGACCUAAAUAAACUGGAGGUUCUGAUUUUGAAUGACAACCUGAUCAGCGCACUUCCCACCGAUGUGUUUCAGCAUGUACCAAUAACCCACCUCGACCUGCGAGGAAACAGAAUUAAAACUUUGCCUUAUGAGGGAGUCCUGGAGCAAAUACCAGGAAUUGCUGAAAUUCUUUUGGAGGAUAACCCAUGGGACUGCAAUUGUGAUCUUGUGUCUCUGAAAGAAUGGCUUGAAAAUAUCCCUAGAAAUGCUUUGAUCGGGAGGGUACUGUGUGAGGCCCCAACGCGAUUGCAAGGACAUGAUUUAAAUGAAACAUCAGAGCAUGAGCUGUGCCCCUUAAAAAACGGAAUUGACUCCAGUUUGAUUGCGCCUCCCACAGAAGAAGAGACCACUGACCCUAGACCUAUUCCAACCCCCUUCAAAAUAAAUGGAGUAACGGUGACUCCAACUACAGCGUCUGGAAAUAAGGGGCGUCCAAAAUCACGUGGAAACUGGCAGCUGAAAACCAGACCUACAGUAAGAAUGGCAACAGUCAAUGGAAAGAAUAUGCAGUUAUAUAAUGAACAAUGCCCACUUACAUGUAGCUGUGAACUGGUUGAUUCUGAACAGGGACUGAAAGUUAAUUGUAAGGAAAGACAAUUAGAAAGUUUAGCUGAUUUAAAGCCGAAGCCUAUAAACGUCCAAGAGCUGAAUCUUAGGGACAACAACGUACACACUAUCAAAAAAUCCCACUUCCUAGAUUAUAAAAACCUUCAUCUUCUUGAUUUGGGGAACAACGUCAUUAAGGUUAUAGAAAACAGUACUUUUCAAAAUCUCAUUGAGCUAAGAUGGCUUUACAUAGAUAAAAACUACCUGGAUACCCUUAUUGCCGAAAUGUUUACAGGAUUGCUAAAUCUGGAAUAUCUCAAUUUGGAAUAUAACUCUAUACAGUGUAUAAUGCCUGGCACAUUCAAGUCAAUGCCAAAGCUAAGAGUUUUAAUUCUAAACAAUAAUAUUUUAAAAUCUUUGCCCUCGGAUGUGUUUACUGGUGUUACUUUAUCAAAAAUCAGCUUAAAUAACAAUUAUUUUACAUUUCUUCCUGUAAUUGGUGUUUUAGACCAGCUUCUAUCCAUUAUACAAAUUGAUCUGCAUGGGAAUCCGUGGGAUUGUUCGUGUAAUAUUGUGCCUUUCAAACAAUGGACUGAAAGGCUCGGAUCAGAUGUUAUUGUGAGUGACUUGAAAUGCGAAUCCCCAGAAAAGUUCUGGACAAAGGAUUUCAGAUUCCUAAGAAAUGAUCUUAUAUGCCCGCAUCUUUAUGAAAAAAUCUUUCCCACGUCUUUGUCUAAAAACAGCACCGCUGCCUUGGAUACGGGGACUCGCUCUAAUUCGUACCCCGAAACAAGCAGGGUAUCUAUAUCUGUACUGGUUCCUGGGCUGAUCCUUGUUUUUGUCACUUCUGCAUUUACAGUUGUGGGAAUGCUGGUCUUUAUUCUUCGAAAUCGCAAAAGAUCAAAAAGAAGAGAUACAAACUCUUCUGCGUCUGAGAUAAAUUCCUUACAGACAGUAUGCGACUCUUCAUACUGGCAUAGUGGGGCUUAUAAUGCAGAUGGACCCCACAGAGUUUACGAAUGUGGCACCCACUCACUUUCAGAUUAGAAGUACAGCUCUUAAUGGGCACAUUGAUACAGAAAGACAAGGUUCAUAAACGAUCCUGUGUACAAAGUAGUGGGUUGUUACAGUUAAAAAAAAAAAAAAAAGAUCGAUAAAUGCUUACUGCUAAUAGCACUGUUGGCUAGCUGUUCAUGCAUCAAUUUACUGUAUUGCCGAUGAGAAAUUGUCUGAAAUCGAAGCAACUGUAAAAUAUGUAAAGACCUAUCUCAUACAGAUAUUUGCUGCAACAAGGAGGGAAACUACAGCAUACGAAGACUCGGACAGAGUUAGAAAAGCUGCACGAACGCAUGAAUGUAAUGUAAAUAAGUGACAACUAUAAUCAAACGCUGCAUGGCUCGCAUGAUCUCUACAAACCACGGGGACUCAUCAUGGUUAUUUGAAAACAUUCAUCAAUGUUAUACAUACAAUCUAUAUAAAUAUUCAAAGUGCCAUUUCUCUAUUUUUUUGUGGAAAACGCAGUACUACAUUUGUAUCUCUAUUGUUUUAAAUUGUAAAAAAAAAAAAAAAAAAAAAA